UCCGGGCAUCUCCCGGGAGCCGGGCUCCGUGGAGUCGCGAGGCGGCCGUGCCUCCUAGGGUCUCCGGUGGCCCCGAGCGCGGCAGCGGCCCCGCGGGCGGCAUGUUCCGGGGUCUGAGCAGUUGGUUUGGCUUGGAGCAGCCGGCGACGGGUGGCCGGCCGGCCGAGGGAGCCGGGCAGCUGGACGGAGCCGCUGCCCCCGAGGAGUGCUGCGAGGCGCUGGCCGGCGAGGCGGACGGGGAGCCGCGGCAAGCGGGGGACCAGGAACUGCUUCAUCAGGCCAGAGGCCUCGGCAACUAUCUAUUUAGCUUUGCAACUGCUGCUACAAAAAAGAUAACUGAAUCAGUUGCUGAAACAGCACAAACAAUAAAGAAAUCAGUAGAAGAAGGAAAGAUAGAUGACAUCAUUGAUAAGACCAUUAUAGGAGAUUUUCAGAAGGAACAGAAAAAAUUUGUUGAAGAACAGCAUACCAAAAAGUCAGAAGCAGCGGUGCCCCCAUGGGUUGAUAGUAAUGAUGAAGAAACAAUUCAACAACAAAUCUUGGCCUUAUCAGCUGACAAGAGGAAUUUCCUUCGUGACCCUCCAGCUGGAGUGCAGUUUAAUUUUGACUUUGAUCAGAUGUACCCUGUUGCCCUAGUCAUGCUCCAGGAAGACGAGCUGCUGAGCAGGAUGAGAUUCGCCCUUGUUCCUAAACUCGUGAAGGAAGAAGUGUUUUGGAGGAACUACUUUUACCGUGUCUCACUGAUUAAGCAGUCAGCCCAGCUCACAGCCCUGGCCGCCCAGCAGCAGGCCGCCGGGAAGGAGGAGAAGAGCCGUGGCAGAGAGGAAGACUUGCCACUGACAGAGGCAGUACGGCCCAAAACGCCACCUGUCGUAAUCAAAUCUCAGCUUAAAACUCAAGAGGAUGAAGAGGAGAUUUCUACCAGCCCAGGGGUUUCUGAGUUUGUCAGUGACGCCUUUGAUGCCUGUAACUUAAAUCAGGAGGAUCUGAGGAAGGAAAUGGAGCAACUGGUUCUUGACAAAAAGGAGGAGGAGACAGCCAUCCUAGAAGAAGAUUCCGCAGAUUGGGAAAAAGAACUGCAACAGGAACUUCAGGAAUAUGAAGUGGUGACAGAAUCAGAGAAACGAGAUGAAAACUGGGAUAAGGAAAUAGAGGAAAUGCUGCAGGAGGAAAAUUAGCGCUUUUCCUGAAAUAAAACAAUAAUCCUUAACAUUCUAUAGUUGAUAUUAAAUUCUAGAUGACACUUGCUGAAUCAGAAGGCACAAAAGAUUGCUAUAAUUAUGAAAUUCAAGAUUCUUUUUUCAAGCUGAAACUUGCCUUUUUUGCUUUUUAAAAAAAGUGUAUAGAACAGUUAUUCUAAUAAUCAAAAAGGGAUGUUUUAUGUAAUAUUUCUUUAAUAUAAGUCUAGUUAGAGAUAUUCGUGUAGUCACUAUGGAUAUCUUUGCCACAGAAAUGGAAGUAAAAUUUUAGAGUUCUGUUUUCUGUGAGGUCAGAAUUAUAAUUUAUUCUUCAAUUGUGGUUUUCUAAACAUUUGUACUUCUUGUAUUUUCAUUGAUAUAUGUCUGUUAAAGUACUUACUUAAUGGAUUGAUAACAAAAUGACCAAAUUGUACCAAAGAACUUAGGAAGAGGCACUUUCAAGACUAUUUUCUUGCUAGGUAUUUUCUAAAAUUCCAUCUAAAAUGCCAAAAGGUAAAAUAAUUAUGUUGAUUUUAAUGGUAUAAACAUCAUACAAUUUGACAUUGACAAAUACUGUGUAAAAACAUUUGUUUUUCCCUGGGGCCUUUUCUUUCUUGUGUUGUUGUUUGUUUGUUUAACUAUACCACAUUUAAUAUUGUUGCUUUCCUAAAUUCCCCAUCACAGUUUUUGUAGAAAGCGGGGCAUUUUGUCCUUUUUAUAUUAAUGACCUUCACAGGCCCAUUCACCUUACAGUCUCUUUGUUUUUGUUUAAAUCAUCACCACAUAUAAAUGUUUUAGCUUUGUCUUAAUUAAACCUGUCAGUCCUUAUAAAA